CCCAGGCACCUGAGACUUUUACCUUUACCCAAGAAAGGAAUAAAAGAGGUCAGACGAUGACAACUGUGUCCUCAACAGCCAGGCCCCAGGAAUCAGUGGCUUUUGAGUACAUGGCUGUGUACUUCACUAAGAAGGAAUGGGCCAUCAUGGUACCUGACCAGAGGGCCUUGUACAGGGACAUGAUGCUGGAGAACUAUGAGGCUGUGGCCUUUGAAGUGCCACCUACUUCCAAACCAGCUUUGGUCUCUCAUCUGGAGCAAGGGAAAGUGCCCUGUUUCACCCAACCACAGGGAGUCCUAAGCAGGAGGGACUGGAGAGCAGGCUUUAUAGGAUACUCGGAACUGAGAAAAUAUACUUACUUAGCUGAACAAAUGUUACUUAUAAUAAAAUCAAAACUUCUUCAAAAUCAUCAAUGCUGGGAAGACAGGAAAAAGGCUUAGUUCUUGACAUUCAAAUACCAGUUUUCCAAGUAAGGAGUUGAUGU